AUGGUGUAUGAAAACAGCUUUCUCACCAGAUUGUUAUCUAUCGUCGCGGCGUACGACCACACUGACCCCUCGCUCACCAUGGAGGAAAGGGUCGCCUUUGGAGUAAAGCGCUGCGGGGUGUCCGUCACCGCGCUGCGUCGUUCAGCAACAUACCUAAGCGAGUACACGUCGCUGACGAACUUCUUCGCCUUCAUGCUGGGCAGGGUGUCGUCACUUCCGGCUGUGGAGUAUUUCUGCCUCUACGCCGGCACUGCCAUCUUAUUUGACUUCUUCCUCCCGGAAAGCAAGAAUAAUCGUGCUUUCGUGGCGCUUCUGACCAUGGACGCCAACCGUCAGAAGGCCGGCAAGAUCGACUCGUGCUGCUGCUUCACCAGCAAGAAGUAUCUCCAGGAGCAAGAGCGGCAUCACCAGGAAGGUAUCCAAAGAGGUGUCACCCUGCCUGAUAGCAACGUUGAGAGCGUAAACAAAAGCCGAAGGGCACUCGACCGCAAAGCGGAGGUGCACCAGCUGUCGUUGAUCGGAAGUGCAAACGUGGGUACGUCCGGGAGCUACCCGGUGUACGACGAUCGGGAUACCUUCUACGCCGCCCUCUCCGCCUUCCUGCAGGACGAGGAUAACGCCAGAUUCUUGGCAGACGUGGUGUUCGACGACGAGGGGGCUCAUCGAGGUACAGUACUACGGCAGAGCUUGUCCGAUCAAGUUUCUGUUUUCGUUGGGCGGGAAAACAGAGAGGCGGGGCUCUGUGAUGUAGAUCUCUUUCCAGCGUGUCGUCGCCUGUUCGCCGCCUCCGCCGCCGCCGCCGGUGCUCCCGAACUGUUUUCGCCGAUGAAAUCGAGAACCUUUCGAAGGGGGGGUGAAAAAGAAGCUCUGGUGUUUCUAGCUCCUGCCGACCUGCGAAUGAUAAUCUCCCCCUUCCCUCCUCCCCUGGAUGCAUCGGGCGUGCUGCCCCUCGCUGUAUCGCAGAUUAGUCGAUCGGAGAUGUACCUGAUCAAUCUCGUCGACACGGAUAACAAAGUUGACACCCUCGAGGAUAAGAGAGAAGUCGCCGACCAAUCAACGCUCGACCCUCAGGCGUUCGCAUACUCAGAUAUGUUUCUCUUCGCGGAGCAGUACCUUGCAAUCUACAACGAGCUGCUAUCGAGCUUCGGCCUCGCCUUGUUGGCGGUGCUCGUCCUGAGCCUGUUCGUUCUGGGCAAGGUGAUCAUCGAUGUUGAGCUGCUGGGCUUCGUCUACCACUGGAAUUUGGACAUGAACGGCAUCACUGCUAUCGAGCUGAUCAUGGCGGUCGGGUUGGUGGUGGACUACAUGGUCCACAUCGUGCACUACUUCCUCCAUCAGGACCCCAGCAUCCCAAAGGACGCGCGAAUCGCCGAAGCGCUGGGAGAGAUCGGGCCCUCUGUAAUGGCGGGAGCAGCGACAACAUUCCUGGGAAUCAUGCCCCUGGCGUUCGCUAACAACGUGAUCUUCCGCGUGUUUUUCAAUAUGUUCCUCGUCAUCAUUUCUUUCGGGUUUUUCCACGGUGUGGUAUUCAUCCCGGUCGUGCUGUCGAUAUUGCCCGACCGCCUGGUUUCAAACUCCGGUCACGAAGAGGAUACGACAUCCAUCACAAGACACACCGAAAGCAACAAGGGCAGCACCACUCUUCUCGAAUACCGGACAAAUAAGCCAAUCACACGAAAGAUCCAGAAUGCUNGA